CUAAAUUAGGGAUUUUCAUCAUUAUACGAAUAGGAAUGGAAUCGGCUGGGUCCCCGGUUCUAAGAAAAGAAGAGAAGGAGCUUGAAAAACCAACGCAACCUACUGCGCUAGUGCGCUUUCUCGUCUUUGUAUUGUUGCAGGUUUUUCUGGAGCAGCUUGAGUAAGAAGAGUUGUAGAAGCCAGAGUUUUUCAAACAAAGUCUACAAUGGCGGCAACUGAUAACAAUAACAACAACAUUCCAGCGACAACGGUUGAAUGGCAUCAGAGACCUUCAAAUCCCAAAAACCCAGUUGUAUUCUUCGACAUAACCAUCGGUUCAAUUCCUGCUGGUCGCAUCAAGAUGGAGCUCUUUGCUGAUAUUGCCCCUAAAACCGCUGAGAAUUUCAGGCAGUUUUGUACAGGGGAAUACAGGAAAAAUGGAUUGCCAGUUGGCUAUAAAGGAUGUCAGUUUCAUAGAGUGAUCAAGGAUUUCAUGAUUCAAGCUGGUGAUUUUCUGAAGGGUGAUGGUAGUGGAUGUGUUUCCAUUUAUGGGACAAAAUUUGAUGAUGAAAAUUUCAUUGCGAAGCACACUGGCCCUGGUUUACUAUCAAUGGCAAAUAGUGGACAGAAUACUAAUGGAUGCCAGUUCUUUAUUACCUGCGCAAAAUGUGAUUGGCUUGACGAUAAGCACGUGGUUUUUGGGAGAGUUCUUGGUGAUGGUCUUUUGGUUGUCAGAAAAAUUGAGAAUGUCGCAACUGGACCAAACAGCCGUCCUAAACUUCCAUGUGCUAUAGCUGAAUGUGGAGAAAUGUAGAACAUAAGCAUAAUUAGUUCAUAUACAAAGGGAAAUUCUUUCAGAUUGUUCAUGUUUAGACGUAAUUUCAUGAAUAUGGGGCGUGGGGCGUGUAUCAGGAUUUUCCUUGCGAAUGUGUAACGUGAUCCAUGUCCCUUAAACAUUUGAGUGUAAACUUCUUGCUAAUCUUACUUGUAGAACAAUUUACUCUUCCGAGGAAGGAGUUUGGGUAUACUUUUUGAUCUGCAUUGAGAGGAAAAGGGCAGAAGCUUUACUAUCGCAGAAUCGUGCAGACAGAAAACUGAUUAAUGUAGAAGAGGUAGAAGUUAUGAACCGUGCUUUAUACAUACUGAAACAAUGAAAGUUUAGGAAGAAUCGUAGCAAAGCUUUGACGAAAACCCGAUCAAGAUUCUAGACUUGGAGAAAUGAGUGAUGGCACAAGCUCUUGAGUUACAUUCUUGAUUCUUGUUCAACAUUUCCGUAAAGGAACUCAUGUUUCCACCAUGCGAGUCAAAACGUGCUCAAAACAAAGUUGAAGUGGUUUCGCCAAGUACAUGUCGAGUAUCAUGUUGUUGAUUGUUGAAGGCAUAUCAAUAUCCUUUGUCGUGCUUUAUGCCAUUGCCUCUUAUGGGUGGUUAAUUUAGUACUCCAUGUUUUUGCUUAAAAAAACAUAAUUUUUAAAUGUCGCCAUGAUGAUUAAAAAACCUUGUAGCCAUGGUUAUAAAGGACUAUUUCAUUUGUGUUAAUAAGGGUAUUAUUAGAGUUGACA